AUGGGAAGAUUAAAUGCUCAUGAUAAAAUGGAGUUGAAGAAAGGGCCAUGGACUCGAGAAGAAGAUCAAAAACUUAUAGUUUAUAUUGAAGAGUUUGGCCAUGGAAGCUGGCGAACCCUACCUGCAAAAGCCGGGUUACAAAGGUGUGGCAAAAGUUGCAGAUUGAGAUGGACAAAUUACCUAAGACCGGAUAUCAAGCGAGGAAAGUUUAGCGUUCAUGAAGAGAAAGCCAUUAUUCGGCUUCAUGCGCUUUUAGGCAACAGGUGGUCCGCCAUAGCAACUCACCUGCCCAAGCGUACGGACAAUGAAAUCAAGAACUACUGGAACAUCCGCCUCAAGAAACGCCUAGCCCGCAUGGGCAUCGACCCAACCACCCACAAGCCCAAGGAAACCGGGCCCACUGGGCCCUCACGACAGUCUGCCGCCAUCGUCAGCCACAUGGCCCAGUGGGAGAGCGCUCGACUCGAGGCCGAGGCGCGACUCGUCCGCGAGUGUCGGAUCCUCUCCAAGCUCCGGCUCCUCCACGAAACUGCCAGUCGGGCCCAGCCGCUCCCUCCGGCGGCUGCCUCGUCGCCGCCAUGCCUGGACGUUCUCAGGGUAUGGCAGGGAACGACCGUCGGCCGAAACUGGUUUUUCGGGUCGCCGACCUCAACAUUAAAUUUUGUCGGGGAUGCCGUUAGGGUUUCUGAGGGUGUUGAUGGCAAAAUGGGGAAUUCGACAUUGCCUGUCAAUGAGAGUAUGUUUUUUGCGGAUAUUAAUGGUUGUGUUAGGGUUUCAGAGGGUGUUGAGGGCAAAAUGGAGAAUUUGACACUGCCGAUCAGUGACAAUACGUGUUGGGUGGAUUGCAAUGAUUCCGUUGAGAUUUCGGAGGCUGUGGAGGGCAAAAUGGAGAAUUUGACACUGUCGAUCAGUGACAGUAUGUAUUGGGUGGAUUGGAGUGAUUCUGUUAAGGUUUCGGAGGGUGUUAAGGGCAAAAUGGAGAAUUCGAUAUUGUCGGACAAUGACAAUAUGUUUUGGGUGGAUUGUAAUGAUUGCAUUAGGAUUUCGAAGGGUGUUGAAGGUAAAAUGGAGAAUUCAACACCGCCGGGCAGUGGCAGUAUGUGUUGGGUGAAUUGUAAUGAUUACAUUAGAGUUUCGAAAGGUAGCGAGGGCAAAAUGGAGAAUUUGACUAAGGAGAAUUUGACUAAGUCGAUGGUUUGUAAUAAUACGUGUUGGAUGGAUUGUGUCGACAAAAAUAAUGUUGGAUUAGUUAAUAUGCCAUUAAUGAAAAAUGAUGAGUACUCAAUAAAUGGCGACGGGUUGUAUAAUUCGGGAAGCAGGUGUGUUGGGGAAUUUGAAGACAUCAAGAAUUAUUGGAGCGAGUUAUUUGAUUUAGUCGCUUCACCUUUAUAA